GAGAGGUCAGCGUGAGCCCCUUGCCUCACACCGGCCCCUCCCACGCUGAGAGAGGUCAGCCUGAGCCCUUGCCUCACACCGGCCCCUCCCACGCUGAGAGAGGUCAGCGUGAGCCCUUGCCUCACACCGGCCCCUCCCACGCUGAGAGAGGUCAGCGUGAGCCCUUGCCUCACACCGGCCCCUCCCACGCUGAGAUAGGUCAGCGUGAGCCCCUUGCCUCACACCGGCCCCUCCCACGCUGAGAGAGGUCAGCGUGAGCCCUUGCCUCACACCGGCCCCUCCCACGCUGAGAGAGGUCAGCGUGAGCCCCUUGCCUCACACCGGCCCCUCCCACGCUGAGAGAGGUCAGCGUGAGCCCUUGCCUCACACCGGCCCCUCCCACGCUGAGAGAGGUCAGCGUGAGCCCCUUGCCUCACACCGGCCCCUCCCACGCUGAGAGAGGUCAGCGUGAGCCCCUGCCUCAACAGGCCACCGUGAGGGAGGAGCAGGGUCGCACGUGGGCUGCUGGGAGGCAGGCAGGGACUUGGGCCUGGGAGGUCGCGGUGGGGCGAGAGCUGGGCCUGGAGACACCCCUCUGAGGCAACAGCGGGGCCUACAGACUCUGUUCUCCAGCCGGAGCUGGGACUGUUCAGGUACUGGGAGGCGGGAUGUGGGUCUGAAGAGCUUGGUUGCCGAAACUUCGGUGUCUACAAACGCAGGCGGGAGCUGAGCCAAAAAAGCUUGUUUCCUGGGAGGUGGGAGAUGCAGCCAAGAGAAACAGCUGUGCCUGCAGAGGCCGCCAUGUGGGAGGCUGAGGCCGGGCCUCCUCAAAUCGGCCUCUCCAGAGCCACUUGCAGCCUCCCGGCGUCCUCUCCGGGCCCAGCUCUUCCUCCCGGCUGUGUCUCCAGGCCUGACUCUGGCCUCCCAACAAUGUCUUUGGACUCAGCUCCUGCCCAGCUCCCAGCGGCCCUGGUAGGCCCACCACUUCCUGAAGCCAAGCUCCCCAGGCCCAGCUCAGGCCUCACGGUGGCCUCUCCAGGCUCAGCUCCUGCCCUCCGAUGGCAAGGUCGGUGGGCUCCUCUAGGCCCAGCUUGGGCCUCCCGGCGGCCUCUGCAGGCCCAAAUCGUCCUGAAGUCGGCCUCUCCAGGCCCAGCUCCGGCCUCCCAGCGGCCUCUGCAGGCCCAAGUCGUCGUCAAGUCGGCCUGGAAUUGGGCCUGGAAGAGCAGCAAGUCGGCCUUCCCGGGCCCAGCUCCGUCCUCUCGGCGGCCUCUCCAGGUGCAAAACUUCCUCGAGUCAGCCUCUCCAGGCCCAGCUCCUCCUGCCUCCCAGUGGCCUCUUUCAGCCCAGACCAGCUCAUGGCUCUUGGCGGCCUUCCCAGGCCCCGCUUUUGACUUUUGGUGGCCUCUUCAGGCCCAGAACUUGACCUCCAGUGGGCCUUUGCAGGCCCGGCCUCCUGCCUCUCGAAGGCCUGCAUGGGCCUGGACUCACAGCGGACUCACAGCGGACUCUCCAUGCCCAGCUAGCCCUUGCCUCAUUGCGGCCUCCCGAGUCCAAAGCUCCUGCCUCUCGGCCGCUUCGGCAGGCCCAGCUCCUGCCUGCCAGCGGCCUCUUUAGGCCCAGCUCAUUCCUCACAACGGCCUUCCCAGGCCCCGUUUUUCCCUUCCGGCAGCCUCUUGGCCUCUAAUUUGUUUAUCUUUUGUGUAUAAAUCCCAAAAUAUUGAAUUUUGGAAUAUUUCCACCAUUAUGUAAA